ACAGCGAUACGACGAUAAAUAAUUUUACGGACCCAAUAAAAUGACGAAUGAUGGACAUAAUCGAAAACCAGCACGGGACCGAACUCACUCGCUUGGGCGAGUUCUGCGGAAUCAGGCGCAAAGUCAAGAUUGGGAACCUAACGCACCCGUGAGCAGAGAUUCACGAAACAAUCAUCUCUGCUCCUACCCCCGACGUUUCUUCAUGAGCGGAGGAGCGACACAGGUGCGGCGUGUAAAAAUACACUCUCACCUGACUGUUCCGAUGAAACAAACCUUUUUUGUUCAACGUUAGUUCCCCUUCCCCAAAAAUUUUAAGUUGACCGGAAUUGAACUCGAUCCAGGUUCCCGACUAUAGUCGAAAACAUGCCAUUGAAGGCGAGCGUCAUGUAUCUCCAAAACAUGAUAUUGACGUGCCGGGAGAACACCGUGUUAUGGAAGGCGAUUUCCCUGAGACUUUGUUGCCUGCAAGUCGUCUGCAAGACAGAUACUUUCACGGAGCCUCCAACUUCGACGUAAGCCACGAAGCACCUUGGAGAGGUAAACACAAACCUCCGAUAAAUUUUGGCCAUCCGCGUGGCUAUUCUGAAGAUCCUAUCAGGGAGCAUUGCCCGAGUAAUUUUGGGAAAGGCGGUGUCCGUCACUAUCGCAGGCGACUGGCAGGCCCAAUUUCCACGUCUCUAGAGACAAAGCUUUCAUAUUCUGCUGGGGGUCUAUGCCCAGAUAAGGGGCCUAUCUUCUACGGGCAUCGAAACACUAUCGGGACGAAAAGUCCCGGAAAGCCGAAUCAACGGCGUAUACCAAAUUUGAUUCAGCGCCAAAAAGACAACUUCGUUGGUAUGUCUCUCCCACCGCCGGACCCUUUGCCGAAGCCGCCGCCCUGUGCUCCCCCUCCGUAUGCCCGUGACAGUGAUAAGGCACAAAAGCCAAUGCAAUGGAGAAUAAACGCGACGAAUGCUAGCCACCUCUUCCGCGAUGAGACAGAGUAUUCAGAUGAUAUCAAGCAACAGCAACCGAUUCGGGGCCAGCGAGUUGGAAAGUUUUCACCAGCGUAUGAGGCGGGGAAGAGGGAGCUGCCGAGUUGGGGAUGGAACCCCAAAAAAGGGAAAAACGACACUUCUGUACCUGAUGUUUUGGGCACGCACGAUUUCCACAACGCCGGUAAAGGUCGCAAGGGUCGGGCUAACAGCGAUCUUCCCGAAGGUGAAUAUGCUGGGGCAACAACAAAAACCAUUGCAGGCAAAGAACCCUUCGAAACUGUCGGCGUCACCCCCAAACAUCUGGGACUGAUUGCAGAGUCCCCCAAAAAGCCUAGCAUCGCACUCCCAGCACAUCCUUCAACACAGUUGGUGUAACACCUCAAAUGAUGGGUGUACCAGUGGAUCUUCAAGCUGGGGGGCUAAAGCCGCCAAAACACCACGCCCCGCAUUCCGAAUUUCUCGCAGGCGCACCCACCAGUGUUUUAAAUGCUCGACGAAUCGGCAAGGGGGAAGGUGAGUACAGUCAGAGAGCCAGACUGAGGCUCUCACGUACAUGUUAUCACCUGCUGCCAAAAUCGACACGUCAUUCCAAUACAGAUGGAUCCGAUCACAUAUAGGGCACAGGUCCUGUCAGAUAUUUUUGAACGACCAAAAAAUUAUGCAGUAUUUGCGGUCUUCGAGAAAAUUAAUGCAUGUUUGUGUCACGUGUUUUCGUCCGAAGAGAUUAUAUUGAGGAGGCGAUGGACUCUCCUCGAGCACUCCUGCUGCUCCAGGAAACACACUGCACAUCACAUCUACCAUCUACAGUUUCACAUCGACCCAAGUGUUCCUCGGCCUCCUCGUCAUCGUCGUCGCGCGCUCACGCGGUGGCUCGUGAGAGUCCAUCACCACAGCCGCACGCAACUCAGCGCGAGAAGGCAGUUUCAGGGAGGUGUGCAUCUUCCACGCAACUCCAAGACAGCCAGUGUGGUG